ACAGCUUGCUUGUUAACACGUUCGCACCAACGCGCCGACCUCGCCGCAGCACGAUAUACUACCACUGUCACUUGUUGAGGCCGUUUCCGUCUUAGAUGGAGAAACAUCUUCUAGUCUAGCUUUUCGGUAGCUUCGCCAUUGCCCAAAUGAGUCGGCUAAAGGUUUACGUCGCGGGCUCGGCCGUCAUGGCCAACGUCGUGCUCUUGCGCGCAUACUACGAGCGACCGAAUUUCUACUCUGCCGCCGUAUACAUUUCCCAGAGCACCGGCUCUCUGAUGUUCCUGGUCAAUCUCAUGCUCAUUGUCGCCGCGAGCGUCGGAUAUGGCCUCCAGCGCCUCUUCUACGGGCCCCUCCGCGCCAUCGAAACCGAGCAACUCUACGACAAGGCAUGGUUCGCGGUUAGCGAGACGCUAUUGGCCAUGACCAUAUUUAGGGACGACAUUGGCAUUUGGUUCUUUACAAUGUUCCUCUGCCUACUUGCUGGAAAGGUAUGGCAGUGGAUAGGAGAAGGAAGAGUCGAGUUCUUAGAGCAGCAACCGCCUGCGAACCCGAAGCUCUUCCACACCCGAUUGAUAAGCUCCCUGCUGCUCUCCGUGGGCUUUGACAUCUUCAUGAUGCAAUACUGCAUCGACUCGAUACUCUCAGACGCACGCCCGGGUGUCAUGGUCAUGUUUGGCUUCGAAUAUGUCCUUCUGGCCAUCGCAUCCAUCUCGACUUUAGUCCGGUACACGCUUUCGCUCGUCGAGAUCUACAUUACGCGACGCCAAGAGACUGCACAGGAAGAGGUUCGAAGAGCCGCGAGGGAAGAAGCACGCCAGCGGGCGGUGGCUGAGGGCGUAGAAGUGCCAACAGAGGCAGAAGAUGAUGAAGACGAGGGCGAUGUCCCCGGUUGGGAGGAGAAGGGCCGCUGGGUCUUUUACUUGGAUCUUGCGACAGACUUCAUCAAGUCUGUUGUAUACCUAGGAUUCUUCAUGAUCCUCAUGACUUUCUACGGCAUUCCUAUUCACAUCAUGAGGGACCUCUUCAUGACCAUUCGCUCUCUUAUCAAAAGAAUCAACGACUUCGUCCAGUAUAGGAAUGCGACACGCGAUAUGAACACGCGCUACCCGGAUGCUACGGCGGAAGAACUUGAGCGAGAGAAUACAUGUAUUGUCUGUCGCGAGGAGAUGCGACCUUGGGUGCAUCACGGUGCAGAGGGUGCGCCGGCAGGCCGACGCAUGGAUGAGCGACAAAGACCGAAAAAACUCCCUUGUGGCCAUAUCCUGCACUUUGGCUGUCUGAGGAGUUGGCUUGAGAGACAGCAAGUGUGUCCGACCUGUCGACGACCAGUCCUCGCACAACCGGCGUCGCAAAACAACCAGCGGGACAACCACGCCAAUCAAGGCCAUCAAGGCCAACAGGGCCAGGGACCACUACAAGGAAUACUACGUGGAAAUCCACCACAAGGUGUUGCCGGUCAGCCAGGCCAAGGUCAGCAAGCGUUUCCACAGGGCGGCCAACCGCAACCACCAGCAGGCAACUUGCGAGUGUUCAACUUUGGCCCGUUCAGGAUUGCUCUGGGCAACCUCCGCGUACCGCCGGGGCAACAGGACAACGCUGUUGUGAGGAAUGCCAUGGACCAGCUACGUCAGCAAGCCGUCGCCAAUAAUGCUGCACAAAUCCCAGCUCAGCAGAACCACAACCAAGCCGUAGUUCAGCCUUUCGCUCCUACUUUGGUAUCAAACCUCGCUACGGGCCCAAUACCUGGCGCUAUUGCUUUACAUCCUGCAGAUGUUCAGUCCGACAUACUACGCAUUCAGCAGAACAUUAUCGAGUCGCUGCGCCAACUUAAUGCGCAACAUGAGCAGCUCGAAGUUGUACACAGGCUUCUUGGUGAGCUCCAUCGCCUCCAACAAACUUCAGGGAUUACUGCGGCUACGGGCCAGGAACUUCCACCUAUCAUGCCUCUAAAUCCGCCGAAUAUGGACUCAUUUGUGCCCCAAGCCUACUUCGCUCGAGGUCCUGUUUUAAGCCAGGGUGACACUGGGGUACCAGAAGGCUUGACGCUUCCAGAGGGGUGGACACUGAGGCCGAUGGCACAGGCGCCACGGCCUGGACAGGAAAGCAGUUCAAUAUCACCACCUUCUCAGGCAUCACAAGCAGGGGCAGAAGCAGGGCCUUCCACGUCUACCGCGGCAAAUUCUCAAUCACAGGUAGACUCAUCCUUGGCAACCACAACAACGGUGGGCCCAACAGCAGAGUCAUCGCCCAAACCUGUCGAACCAAGCUCCCUCGAAUCAAGUUGGAGCUUUGGUAAUGGUCCAGAGAGGAACGAGGCCGAGAGUUCAACUUCUGCGGUCGCAGAAAGCAGUUCGGAGAGCCAGAAUAUGAAUAGGCGGACGGUUACGGUGGAGGACGUCGAGGAUAACGGGCAAUAAAUUCUUUCACGAAUUAUUUUUGCCUCUGUAUUGCAUAGCGAGGCGUUUGGACUAGGAUUAACAACUUCCCUUAGCGCAGCUUGGACAGCGAAUGUAUAUCUGACGCAUGUGUCAUAUCGUAUCAAGCUAGUGCCGGGGUUUGGAUGGGUCGCACUCUGCACCACGUUCUACGGUGAGAUGUCUACAGAACCAACGAACAACUGAAUUCAUCAUGCACUCUCCCUCGACUGCGUGCUUGCGACGCCGGCGAGGCGUCGAGCAAAUGAAGCACUCGUGCCCAACCAUCGUACCAUUCAUGAGCUUUCCAACGCCCUUCAACACCCUGCAUACUCUCCUCUUGCAUCUACGUUCCUCGGAAUUGCAGGGCUCUAGUCUACUCCACGACAGC